CGCAGGCACCGGAGCGGCUGAUGGGAUAAAAAAAAACAAAAACGGAAACGGUGGUGCACUCUCUGCCGCGCGCUCCCGACACCACUUCGGUUUUGCACUUUACACCGUCCCGUCGAGUGAUCCGGAGCAUCCCGCAAGAUGACCAUCAACACCCUGGCUAAAGGAGGCUGGAACCGGGAGCAGAUGACAUGCUUUCGGAAGAUGGAGAAAGUGAUAGUGGCCAUGCAGGACCCUGACAUGGGUAUAAAGAUGAGGAACCAGAGGCUCCUCAUCACUGUCAUCCCACACGCAAUGACAGGCCAUGACAUAAUUGACUGGCUGAUCCAGAAAUAUACCAUUUGUGAGGAGGAGGCACUGCACCUCAGCGCCAUGCUGGUGAAAUACGGGUACAUUUACCCUCUCAAGGAGCCGAGAUCUCUCGUGUUGAAGCCUGAUGAGUCACCCUACCGCUUCCAGACUCCAUACUUCUGGACUAGUACUCGGUGGCCUGCCUCAGAGCUGGACUAUGCAAUCUAUUUGGCUAAAAAGAACAUAAGAAAACAAGGAGAACUGAUGGAAUAUGAAAAGGAGAGGUACAGUGUGUUACAUAAGAGAAUCAACCACACCUGGGACUUUGUGGUGAUGCAAGCCAGAGAGCAACUCAGAGCAUCCAAACAGAGGCGGAAGGCUGACCGCAUUGUUCUAGAAUGUCAGGAGCAGGCCUACUGGCUCAUCAACAGACCCCCGCCUGGGGCACAUAAUGUGUUGGACAUGGGUCUGGACAGACCAAAUAACUUCAGUGCACGAGUAACACUGAACAGCGAGUACUACAAAAGUGAGAUUGAUACCUGUCGAAGGGCCCUUGGAAGAAACCGUGUAAAGUCAUCCAUCUGCCUAGAGGGUUUUCUGAAAUACAGCGAGCAGUACCAGAACCACGACCCCAUUAUGCAAGGCUGCCUUCCCAGUAACCCCUGGAUCUCUGAUGACACGGCACACUGGACAAUGAAUUCUGAAAUGGUGCCUACACCGACACGUCUUCGAGUGGAACGUUGGAGCUUCAGCUUCAUGGAGCUUCUCAAUGACGCCAUGGGGAGGCGGGAGUUCAUGACCUACCUGGAGAAAGAGUUUAGUGCGGAGAACCUGUGUUUCUGGCAGGCCUGUGAGGAGGUUAGACACGGAGAAAGUUCCAGAAUCAUUGAGAAAGUUGAGGAGAUCUACAAAAACUUCCUGGCUCCUGGAGCUGCCCGCUGGGUCAACAUCGACAGUAAGACGAUGGAUAAAACUCUGGAGGGGAUCAGACACCCACAUCGUUUUGUCAUGGACGACGCACAAAUGCACAUCUACUUUCUCAUGAAGAAGGACUCCUAUCCAAGAUACCUCAAGUCUGAUCUGUACAAGAACAUGCUGGCCAAAGCUGUCGUCCCCCAGGAGACAAAGAAGAGUGUGUUCCCCUUCAUGAGACGCCAGCGGCACUCUAGCCCCUCCCCCGCUCAGGCUGUCACCCAUGCGACAGAGGAAGACGGGCACGCCAAGGGGGCCGGGCAAGCAGGUACCAACUCUGCAGCCGGCUCCCAUGUCUGAUGCGUGUCAGACUCGAUCUCAGUCUCUAUUGUCUCUGUUGGUCAACCAUAGCAACCACCCAAGGUGCUCUCCUCUGCUUUUUCUUUCGAGUCAGUCCACAGCUAGGAUUUCAGCGUUAGGAAUUCCUCUCAGAGCACAGGCGUUACUGCAAACCUCAGUAGCAGCACAUCUUAUUCCCAAAGCACAGAACGAAGGAGAGCUUUUAGUGUUUCUGUUAGAGCCUUUACUGCUGCACAGACAUCCUGCGUCUACAUCCCAUCUCAGUCCAGAAACUCUGUCCUGUUGUACAUGAUAUUAACUCCUAACACCAGAUCUUCCUUCCUUAGCAUUUAAAUAGAAUCUACACUGAGACAAAAUGAUUGUUUAUAGAGCAAUAGGAUGUGAAAUAUGUAUUUAGUCAAAACUUUAGCUCAGCAUGUCCGUGAUUAUCGUACAGUUUGCUUGUUUUGUUCAUUCCAUGCCGGAGCUUCACAUCGUGUGAUGGUUGUUGCUGUUAAUUUUUGCUCGAGCAUGUUUUCAUCCUAAUAAAAUGUCACAACAGCG